UGUUUGUAAAAUAAUGUCUAAUUCGCGAGACUUUAGCGGUAAAGUAGUGCUAAUCACGGGCUCGAGCGGUGGUAUCGGCGCCACCACUGCCGUAGAGUUUGCCCGAAACGGCGCUCAAGUGGUCAUCACUGGACGUAAUGCCGACAAACUGUCAGAUGUGGCCAAAGACUGCCUUAAGAUAUCGCCCAAAGGCCUGAAACCUCUGGAAGUGAUUGGAGAUGUCAGCAAAGAUGAUGAAUGCAAACGACUGAUUGACACCACUAUUAAAAUGUAUGGUAAACUCGAUGUGUUGGUCAACAACGCCGGGUUUCUGAAGGAAACCCUGAUUACACAAACUAAUAUUAUGGACAAAUACAAGGAUAUAAUGGACACAAACCUGCGUUCAGUCAUCUAUUUAACACAUCUAUCGGUCAAACACUUAGAGGAAACUAAAGGCAAUAUUAUAAAUAUGUCGAGUAUUGCCGGUUUAAAACCCCUACAAUCAUUU